AUGGAUGAAACGCAUAACAACAGGACUUCCUUGGCAAAAGGUGCCAAGGACAUCGCUAAAGAAGCCAAGAGGCAAGCUGCCAAAAAUUUCAACAAAGCUGUCGAUCGUGCCACAGAUGAAUACUCGUCGCAUCGCAGCUACAAUCGAUUCCAGAAUGAGGAUGAAGAGGAGAACAACUACAACUCUUACGCUGACAAUAACCCAGCCAACGACGACGACGGGGCCUCCAGCGACGCCACGGAGGGCCACGAUGAUGAAGACGAGAUCUACGAGGGGGAGUACCAAGGCGUGCCUGCCUGUAACGACGGGAAGCUGAAGGACGGGAAUGUGGCUCUGGGCCAGCCGGUGUCUGACAGCCUAAAGAGCCAAAAGGAGCUUGAGAAUGAGAGACAGGCAGAUGAGGAGGAGCUGGCCCAACAGUACGAGCUGAUCAUGCAGGAGUGCGGCCACGGGAGAUUCCAGUGGCAGCUGUUCUUUGUACUCGGGUUGGCGCUCAUGUCAGACGGCGUGGAGGUGUUCGUGGUCGGAUUCGUCCUGCCGAGCGCUGAGACGGACAUGUGUGUCCCCAACUCUGGUGCCGGAUGGCUUGGUAGCAUCGUGUAUCUGGGGAUGAUGUUCGGAGCGUUUUUUUGGGGCGGCCUGUCAGACAAGGUGGGCCGUAAACAGUGCCUGCUGAUAGCCAUGUCUGUCAAUGGCUUCUUCGCCUUCCUCUCCUCAUUCGUCCAAGGAUACAGCAUGUUCCUCCUCUGCCGCAUGGUGUCUGGCUUCGGGAUCGGUGGAGCGGUACCAAUAGUAUUCUCGUGGUUUGCGGAGGUGUUGGCUCGGGAGAAGAGAGGAGAGCAUCUGAGCUGGCUCUGCAUGUUCUGGAUGAUCGGAGGAAUUUACGCCUCAGCCAUGGCGUGGGCCAUCAUCCCACAUUACGGCUGGAGUUUCAGCAUGGGUUCAGCCUACCAGUUCCACAGCUGGAGAGUUUUUGUGGUGGUGGUGCGCGCUGCCGUGUGUGUUUCUGCAGUGGUUGCUCUCACUUUUAUGCCUGAGAGCCCUCGCUUCUUCCUGGAGAUGGGUAAACAUGACGAGGCCUGGAUGGUGCUCAAACAAAUCCACGACACCAACAUGCGUGCCCGUGGGGAGCCUGAGAGAGUGUUCACCGUGAACAGGAUAAAGAUCCCCAAACAGCUGGACGAGCUGGUGGAGAUGCAGAAUGAGUCAGCCAACCCUGUGCUCAAGGUCCUCUACAAGAUCAAGGCUGAGCUCAGAGGGAUCUGGUUGACUUUUAUGAGAUGCUUCAACUACCCAGUGAAAGACAACACUGUGAAACUGGCAGUAGUCUGGUUCACUUUGUCCUUUGGGUACUACGGGCUGUCUGUGUGGUUUCCGGACGUCAUCAAGCACCUCCAAGCCGAUGACUACGCCUCCAGAGUGAAAAUCCACAACAACGAACGCAUCGAAGACUUCACCUUCAACUUCACCCUGGAGAACCAGAUCCACAGAAAUGGAGUGUUUCUGAAUGACAGGUUUAUCAGUAUGAGGUUCAAGUCGGUCACUUUCAUCGACUCCUCUUUCCUCAACUGCUAUUUUGAGGAUGUCUCCUCAGUCGGAUCCUACUUCAAAAACUGUACCUUUGUAGACUCCUUCUUUUACAACACUGAUAUUGACGACGCCAAGCUAACAAACUCGAUGGUGAUCAACAGCUCCUUCCACCACAACAAGACAGGCUGUCAGAUGACAUUUGACGAUGACUACAGCGCCUACUGGGUCUAUUUCGUCAACUUCCUGGGAACGUUGGCCGUGCUGCCUGGAAACAUCGUCUCUGCCCUCCUCAUGGACAAAAUAGGCCGCCUUAGCAUGUUAGGAGGCUCCAUGGUGCUUUCAGGCAUCAGCUGCUUCUUCCUGUGGUUCGGCACCAGCGAGUCCAUGAUGAUCUUCAUGCUCUGCCUCUACAACGGCCUCAGUAUCUCCGCCUGGAACUCCCUGGAUGUCGUCACUGCUGAGCUGUACCCAACAGACAGGAGGGGCACGGGCUUCGGCUUCUGUAAUGCCAUGUGUAAACUGGCAGCGGUGCUGGGCAACCUGAUCUUUGGCUCGUUGGUUGGCAUCACCAAGGCUAUCCCCAUCCUGCUGGCAUCGGCCGUGUUGGUUGGCGGCGGGCUGGUGGGACUCCGACUGCCAGACACACGUGCCAAUGUCCUCAUGUAA